UAAAACUGGAGUAGAUUUUGCAGGGCCAUUCCAAAUUAAAGCAUCGGUGCUAAGAUCUACCACCCUUAUCAAGGCAUACGUUGCAGUUUUUGUCUGUUUUUCCACAAAGGCAGUGCGUCUCGAGCUAUGCUCGGAUCUUACAACCGAGGCUUUUCGAGCAGCAUUCGCCCGCUCCGUUGGCAGACGAGGUUUCCCCUCAAAAAUGAUGAGCGACAAUGGAAAAACGUUCAUAGGCGCCCAACGCGCUACCGAACGCGACUUCGUUAAAUUCCUUAACGAAUGUUCCGCAGGCAUUGUAAAAAAAUAUGCCCCUCAAGGCAUCAACUGGCAAUAUAUACCACCCAGCGCCCCCCACAUGGGCGGCUUGUGGGAAUCUGCAGUGAAAAGCUUUAAAAUCCAUCUAAAGAAAACCGCUGCAACCCACAAGUUUACCUUUGAAGAAUUCAUGACGCUUAUGGUGCGAAUUGAAGCAGUCCUCAAUUCGAGGCCUCUGUACGCACUUUCCCAAGACCCAGCUGAUAUGACAGCACUUACCCCGGGUCACUUCAUUCGAGGUGCACCGCUAUUGGCCAUUCCUGAGUCUGAUGCGGAAGACCUCCCCCUACUAAACCGGUGGGAGAAAGUCAAAGCACUUCACCACCAAUUUAGCCGCCGCUGGAAAGAAGAUUACCUCAAAGAUCUUCAGAAGAGAUACAAGUGGAAAACCCCACAACGCGAUCCUCAGCCAGGCGACCUCGUCGUGAUCAAAGAAGAUUCGCUCCCCCCACCGAGUGGCGAUUGGGACGAAUGGAAAUCGUUCGCCACGGCCCUGAUAACCACAUACGUGUCGUAGAAAUCCGUACACAAAAUGGAGUUAUCACGCGGCCACUUGUCAAACUGUGCUUCCCUCCAAAAGCACAAUAAAUAAUUCUAUACAUAUUUUCCUUCUGUAUAUUAAGGGUCUUAACUUCCCGUUUAAAUAUUGUACCCAAGUACUUCUCCUUUCUCUGCCUUUGCUUCUACUUCCAUAUCGAAGACAUCAUGGCAUCAAGGAAGGCAUGCCCCCUGGCUCCAACGGCGGAAACGGACAACUGCCUGCAAUGCCGACUAUGCCACCGGUGCCACGCCUUGCGGACGUGCUCGGCCUUCAAGGCGAUGAAGCCGCCACAACGGUUGGGAGUAGCCCGAG